AUGCUUUGUAGGCAGAGCAGGUGGACUCCCACUACAGAUCAUAUAAGAAUCCUCAAUGAGCUUUUCUACAACAAGGGAGUUAGGUCCCCAACUAUAGAGCAGGUUCAGAGGAUCUGUCUCCAGCUGAAAUGGUACGGCAAGAUCGAGUUCAAGAACGUCUAUUAUUGGUUCGUGAACCAAAGGUCUCAGGAGAAGCAGAAGAAGAGGUCCACUUCGGAUGUUCAUGUGCCCAUGCAAAGAUCAGGGCUUGUUGAUGAUGACAAAGUUACCAAUUGGAAACAUGAGGAUCAGUAUAUUAACUUUGGAUCUUCUGCACCUGCUUCUGCUUCUUCCGCUGGUGUGCUGAUUGCUUUUAACGGGUAG